AUGGCCAGGCACACGAUUCUAGUAAUACCCCUUCUUGCCACUCUUCUUCUCUUUGUAGCUCACACUUGUUACGCCUGCAAAUGGCAAGAACAACGUAGUUGCGCCAAGCAACUCAAGAGGGUGAACCUGAAACCCUGCAUGAAACACAUAAUGGAGCAGAUUCAACCGGAGGAAGAGGAGAAUGUUCUCCUCAAGAGAGGAAGCAUCAAUUUGAUUCGGUGGAAGAAUGAAGAUAAUGACGAAGACCACGAACAAAUGUGUUGCAGUGAGAUGAGUGAGUUGAACAGCCCACAAUGCCAGUGCCGAGCGUUGCAGAAGAUAAUGCAGAAGCAAGGUGAGAAACUUGAGAAGAAGGAGAAGCUUCAAAUGGCGAGUGAGCUAAUGAAGUUGUCUAUGAGGUGUGGGUUUGGACCACUCAUGGAGUGUGACUUGCGUUGUGAAGAAUAA